CAGACAAUGCCUCCCAACCUCACCGGCUACUACCGCUUUGUCUCACAGAAGAACAUGGAGGACUACCUGCAAGCCCUAAACAUCAACAUGGCUCUACAGAAGAUAGUGCUGCUGCUCAAGCCAGACAAGGAGAUUGACCAUCAGGGCAACCACAUGACAGUGAAGACCCUCAGCACCUUCCGAAACUAUGUUCUGGAAUUUGAGGUGGGAGUUGAGUUUGAGGAGGACCUAAGCAUCAUGGAUGGACGAAAAUGCCAGACCAUAGUAACCUGGGAGGAGGAGCAACUGGUAUGUGUACAGAAAGGGGAGGUCCCCAACCGGGGCUGGAGACACUGGCUGGAGGGAGAGAAGCUGCAUCUGGAACUGACUGCAAGGGAUGCAGUUUGUGAGCAGGUCUUCAGGAAGGUCAAAUAGCCGGAGAGGAGCUGAGGGCCCCUCCAGACCGCGCCAGUCCCCAGACUCCUCUUGCUUGUGCCCCUUCAAGCCCAGAUUGUCCCAGGUCAGCAGUCCCUUUCUCAGGCCACUUACUCUCCCUCUGGGUCCCUUCUCACCCCUCCCCAUGUUAAUCUAUAACUUUCAGCCCCCAGGCCAAAGUCCUUCUUUCUCACACUCCACUGCCCAAUAGUGACCUUUUAUCCAAUUCCAGGUCUGGCCUCCUGGAUGAAAGAAACAGACAAAGGGGGAAGGGCCCUUGAGAAUAUCUAAU